AUGGCUACCCAAGAGACCCUGAUCAAGAAACAACGCAAGCGCAGUGAUUAUGGCUUCCACCAAGUACACCAGACCAGAUGGUUUGACAAUGACAUGUACGCGCACCUUAAUAAUGCAGUAUAUACGCACCUCUUCGAUACAAUUGCAAACACGUACCUUAUCAAAGAAUGCGGCGUGGACCCCUUCAGCGUAAACAACCCAACGCCCCCUCCGUCAGACCCCCAACCCGCCAAUCUCUCCUCUCCGUCAAACAUCGCAGCGGGCGCAGACCAGAUAGGCUUGAUUGUUUCCACGCACGCCGACUUCUUUGCCUCGGUGCGCUUUCCGGAUCUAUUGGAGGUUGGUUUGCGCGUGAACAGACUGAGCAAGUCGAGUGUUACGUGGGAAGUGGGAAUUUUUCGGGAGGGCGAGGAAGAUGUGAAGAUGGUUGGGAUCUAUACACACGUGUUUGUGCUGAGGGAGACAAUGCGUGUUGGGAAGACGGGGAUGGAGGAGAGGAUCAGGACGGGAUUGGAGAAACUACUUGUUAAGGAGAAGGCCAAGCUGUAG